AUGAAACUUGUUGCAACAAUGAGAAUAUACCUUUCUCUGACUUUGCUGCUGGUUGCCCUGCUGUCAAUGUCAAAUGCAUUUUGCAAUUUUAAGGUGUUCAAAGACGGUGCAACAGAGUGCUAUGAUCGGGUGGAUGGUGAAUGGCACCCUGUUGGAUCAUCUUGGAUAAAUAGUGACUGCAUGAGUUGUACCUGCACCAGAUGUUGCUCCUUGUACAGCAUUCCAAUCGGAUUUCCUGAUGACUGUAUAUCUGUGCUUGACAAAGUGGCAUGUAAAUACAAAGUGCACAAGAAGGAUGACCCAUCAACUGAAUGCCCAUUUUUACUUUCUGCAUUUCAUAAAUAG